AUGGCUACACCUUUGAAUGCAGAAGAUGAGGCUCGCUAUACGGAAAUCAUCGACGGUAUCUUGGCAACGGCCGACCUUGAAACCGUUACGCGCAAAAAGAUCCGCAUGGGUCUUGAGGCUGCUUUAGGCGGUAAAGAUCUGAGCGACCAGAAGGUGUGUGAUAACCCCCCCUCUCCCACCAUGAUUGUCUGCUACGCACGAGAAUCCCCCUUCACUAAUGCAAUCAAAGCUCUCAUAGAAGAGCGUUUUGAUGCCAUAUCUUCUGCUGUUCCGCCACCAUCUUCAGCAGUUCCCCAACCCGAUAUAGAAUCUCCACGCCCAUCACCCAAACGACAGGCCAACGGUUAUGGUGACCAUAACCAAGACGCCGAUGAAGAUGCCAACGGAGACGAGAUUAAGGUGUCAGUGCAGCCGCCGAGGAAGAAGCAGCGCAAAGAGAAAAGCGAGGACACAGAGGAUGCCGAUGCUAAGUUGGCGGCGCUUCUUCAGGCUCAGGAAAACCAACGGACUCGGGCAACACGAGGAGGUGGUAAGCCGAAAGCGCCUGUGAAGAAGAAGAAAAAGGCCACGCCAAGGAAGAAGGGCGACAAAAAGGUUGGCCCCGAAGACGAUAGUGAAGUGGAGGGAAGUGAAGAAUCAAGUACCCGACCUCGAAAGGCCGGGGGUGGGUUUCAGAAACCUUUCAAUCUCAGUUACCCACUUGCAGAGCUUUGUGGCGAGCCCCAGCUAUCCCGACCACAGGUUGUGAAGAAGUUAUGGGAACACAUCAAAGGCAACCAACUCCAAGACCCAAACGAUAAACGACAGAUCCGAUGCGACGAGAGAAUGCAAGCUGUUUUUAAACAAGCAAGAGUAGACAUGUUUCAAAUGAACAAACUAGUGGGUAAUCAUCUCUAUCCGGUGGACGAGGAGUAG